UGGAGUUAUCCUCGACUCUUUUGAUAAGGCAUUUUGUCUGAUAAUGAGUUGUUAUGUAUUACUUUAAUGCUUUUUAAAAUAGGAGAUUUUGGAUGAUAACCCCAUCUUCAGGAGUCAUUGGUGUGGUGACAGUUCAUCUCCUCCUUGGACGUCUUAAUAUUCUCAAAAAGGACUCUGGAUUCUCGCCGCUGAAGUUGCUGUGUGAGUUGUCUCUGGAUGUAAAAAUGGUCUUUGGGCUUUGAAAGCUGGUUUGUAUGAGUCUGCCUGUGUGUGAAUGGAGCUGAAAGAGCCGAGAACCUGAUGUCCGAGCUGCUGCUGCUGACCUGUGCACUCUUUUCCUGGAUCUUCACCUGCCAGUCUGGACCAUGGGGACCAUGCACAGAUCUGUUACCAUUGGAUCUCCUGUCCCAAGUUCUGCCUGGGGCCGGGGGGACUCUGGAUGGGAUCCGUAUGGUCCAGUCGAGGGGCGCUCGUGGUUUCCAGUUUUCAGGCUCCCCACAGCUUUUCAUCUUUCCUGCAUCCCGGCUCUUCAUUAACUGUAACUUCUUCCCCGCUGAAUUCUCCAUCGUCGUAACGCUGAAAAUCCCUGAAAUGGCUCCUGAGACAAGUGAAUACAUCUUCACAUUGCUGGAGGGAGAUUCCGAUAAUCUGCUGCUCGGACUGCGCCUGUCCCAGAAUAAACUUCAUUUCCUGCAGAAGAGCCAGGGCAGCAGGAAACGCAUUACUUUUAAGGACGUUUGUCUGGCUGAUAACCGCUGGCACACUGUGGUCUUGGCGGUGACCGGACACUACAUAAUUCUCACUGUAGACUGUGGCAUACCUCUCGAGCUAGUGCUUGAAAGUUCCUUCCCUGAUGAUCUUGAUACUUCCGGUUCCACAUUCUUCAUUGCUAGUGGGAAAAGACGCAAAGGCUUAUUCUCUGGGCUCAUGCGACAGCUUGUUUUGUUACCUGGUUCAGAUGCUACCUCACAGAUAUGUCCUUCAUCUAAACCCCAGCUGUCUGCACUCUCAGUUCCUCAGGCUCUUGUACACUUGCCAAUCAAAUCAUCAUCCACUGACCUCCUCCGCCAUCCUUAUGAGGCAGAGGUCCGGGUGACUGCGGGUGUGAGCCCCCCAUGUGGACUCUCUGAAGACGGGCAGCUCUGGUUUAACACGUUGCACAGAGGGCUCUUCAUCUGUGAUGGCAUGAUGUGGCUCACCAUGUUGCAAGUGAAAGAAAGGCUGGACUACGUGGAGCAUCACCAGGAUCUAUUUACCAUCUCUGAGACUUUUGACAUUGAAGUUUUCCAGAUCCCUUCAGUGGGGCUUUUCAUAGCGACCGCCAACCGUGAUUCCAACCUCGGAUCGGGAAUUUACAAAUGGACAGAUGGGAAGUUUGAACGAUAUCAAAAUAUUAGCACCUAUGAUGCACAGGCAUUUCAAUACUUCACAGUGGGCAAAAAGAAAUUCCUGGUUGUUGCUAACUGCAGAGGUAUGAAUGCCGGGGAUCCAGAACUGUCUGUAAUAUAUAAAUGGAGUUCGAAGAAGCUGAAAUUUAUCCAUUAUCAGACGCUGAACACGUACAGCGCCCGUGACUGGGAGGCCUUUCAAAUUCAGGAUGAAGCUUUCCUCGCUGUGGCCAAUCACAGGCAAGGGGAGAGAAAUCAUAACAUUGACAGCGUAAUCUACAAGUGGAACCCAGUGACUCAGUUUUUUGAAGUCAAUCAGACAAUCCCAACGUCGGGUGCUUACGAUUGGGAGUUUUUCACUAUUGGCCCAUAUUACUUCCUUGUGGUCGCAAACACAUUCAAUGGGAAGUCAACAGUGAUUGGUUCUACAAUCUAUAUCUGGCUGGGUGGGAGGUUUCAGCCUUAUCAGUCAAUUACAACUUUUGGGGCGAUUGAUUGGGAAAUGUUUCAGAUCGAAAACAGGAUCUUUUUGGCUGUGGCGAACAGCCAGAUGCUUACAGAAGAGGGAACGAUUCUGUACUCCAUCAACUCCACCAUCUAUGAGCUCAGCAUAACAACACAGACAUUCAUAAAGUUUCAGGAUAUUGGAACUAACAGUGCUUUAGACUGGGAGUAUUUUACUGUUGGAGAUGACAAAUUCUUAGUAGUCGCCAAUUCAUUUGAUGGAACCUCUUACUCACUUAAUAGUGUUAUUUACAGGUGGCAGGGCUAUGAGGGCUUUGUCCCGGUACACAGACUGAACACCAACGGCUGCAGAGAUUGGGAAUUUUUUAACACAACCGAAGGCUCCUACCUCAUUUUCUCAAGUGCCAGAGCUGCUCUAUCUAAAGUCCUUAAAUUAAGGACCAUCUAGUGGUACUUGAUCUGCACAUAUGAACUGUACACAGGACAGAUUUGGUGCUAAACCGAAAAACUA